AUGGCCCUGGAAGAGCCUCAGUGUAAACAUGGAGGCUGGCAUUCCAUUGCUGUUAUUUUCACCUCAGUUCUUGGUGCCUGUUUCAUUUCAAGUUGUUUUGUGACUCAUUUCAACUUUGUACGCUGUAAAAGAGGCAUGGGAGUGUUCAAGUUACCAGAGUACUACAAGAAGCUAACGUGUAGCAGACAGAAAUCAGAACUGAAAGGUACAGAUAGGAGUACCUGGAGUUGCUGUCCUGCUGGCUGGAGAGGUUUCCAGUCCUACUGCUAUUUUCUUCUGAAUGACAACAAGACAUGGGCUGAGAGUGAGAGGAACUGUUCAGGGAUGGGGGCCCAUCUGGCGACCAUCAGCACAGAAGCUGAGCAGAACUUUAUUAUUCAAUUUUUGGAUAGACGAUUUUCAUAUUUCCUGGGACUUACAGAUGAGAACACUGAAGGUCAGUGGCACUGGGUGGACCAGAUGCCAUUUAACCCACACAUGGUAUUCUGGCAUGAGAAUGAACCCAGUAACUCUCAGGAAGAAAAUUGUGUUGUUCUUGUUAAUAACCAAGAUAAAUGGGCCUGGAAUGAUUUUCCUUGUAACUUUGAGACCAGCAGGAUUUGUAAGAUACCUGGAACAGCACUCAACUAG